GUGUGUUACAGUGGAAGGUUUUGGAAGCUGUCUUGUUGUCUUGCUGUGGACUGCAAGAAACGAUGAGGGAGAAUGAUGAUGGCUGAUCAGUAUCGGAAAGUAGAACAAUAUUCGCCAAAAUCGUCACCCCGAGGGGCUCGGUCCCCUGUUGUUUCACGUCAGGAUUCUACAGGAACAUUAAAAACGACGAUCUCCUUAGGGAAAAACCCAUCCAUCGUCCAUAGCGGACCAUUCUACUUGAUGAAAGAGCCUCCAGGUGAGAGUGAGCUAACUGGAGCCACAAAUUUGAUGGCAUAUUAUGGUUUAGAACAUUCAUACAGCAAAUUCAGUGGAAAGAAAGUAAAGGAGCAGUUGUCAUCUUUCCUUCCAAAUUUACCUGGAAUGAUUGAUACUCCUGGUCAUCUGGAUAAUAGUUCCCUGCGUUCUGUAAUUGAUAAACCGCCUAUUGGUGGUAAAGAAUUGCUUCCCUUAACUAGUGUUCAGCUGGCCGGAUUCAGGCUUCAUCCAGGACCACUUCCAGAACAGUAUCGCUACGUGAACCAGGCACCACAAAGAAAACACAAAAAUAAACAUAAGAAACAUAAACACAAAGCUGGGGAGACUCCAAGUCAAGAAACCCAGGUAACUGAAGUUGGACAAGAUACUCACGAGAAGAAGCACAAGAAACAGAAGCGACAUGAUGAAGAAAAGGAACGUAAGAAAAGAAAGAAAGAAAAGAAAAGGAAAAAACAGAAACACAGUCCUGAACAUCCUGGUGGCCUUACACCAAGCCAGCAUUCCAGUGGAUAAGAAGACUUAUUUUAAGUGUACAUAUUGGAUACAAAUUUUUGUAGAGUACAACACUGCCUGAGAUGUGUGUUAAAGACCCUUUGGUACAAUAUUCCUGCACUGUAUGAUCUAAGCUACAUACACUAGAAAGAUGCAUUAUGUAAAUAAAUUAUAUUUUUAAGUGGAUUUUACUGUUGUCCUAUGAAUUUAAGGCACAGUAAAUAUGUUACUGUUCAAAAGAGCACUUCCAGCAGAAGUACUUCUUUUUGUUUAAUAGGAUCUUUGUAACAUAAAAUUUAAUCAAACAAAAUACUGUAUAUAAAUAUAUGAAAGAAGGAUCGAUUUAAUAUGAAAGGCAAUGGUUAAUGGCAUUAGCAUUGGUAGAUUACUAAUUAUUUUUGUUUUUAUAAUGUUUGUAUGGUAGGUACAAUAAACUGAACGUCUACUGUUUGGUCAAAUUCAGAAACUACAAACAACAUAAAAGCCUCGUACAGUUUCCUUCA